GAUGAGACUCGCUCUGUGAGGAGCAGCACACUAAAACACUUUCCUGACUGGACUACAACAGUUUAUACACUGUGUUAGGUUUCCAUAUGCUCUCUGAUAGGCAUCCUCACUGAGAUCUAAAUAUCGUUUUACCUAAUUAAUUCAUUCUGUCAUUUUGCAUUAUUUACUAAAUAAUUAUUUAGUUGAAUAACAGAAGACAUGAUUGAGGAAGUGAAACGGGAGAGAAGCGAUCAAUGGAUGUCAUAUUACUCGGGCGAGGUGUUCUAUGGAGCAGACAACCUGCCAUUGGGUCCCAGAGGAUAUUGCCCCCCAGAGCAUCACUACCAGAGUUAUGGCCCACCGUGUGAUUCGGCAGCUGCGGGAAACACCGGGAGACUCGGAAGCCCAGUGGGAAUACUGCCUCCACCAAACCCCAAAGGAUACGCUGAGAGCAACUCCAGAGAAUCUGAGCCUGUGCUGAAAUCAGUUUACAGACGGACCUUAAGCCAUGCCAAGCCACCAUAUUCCUACAUCUCUCUUAUCUGCAUGGCAAUCCAGCAAUCGCCAGCCAAGAGACUGACACUGAACGAGAUCUAUGACUGGAUCCGCCAGCUCUUUCCGUAUUACAGACAGAAUCAACAGCGAUGGCAAAACUCCAUCCGACAUUCCCUGUCUUUCAACGACUGCUUUGUGCGUGUCCCGAGAUCGCCAGACUCGCCAGGGAAAGGCUCAUACUGGGCCCUGCACCCCGACUCCGGUGACAUGUUCGAGAACGGCUGCUACAUGCGUCGCCAGAAGCGCUUCAAGUGUCAAAAGGCGAUGUCACCCUCAAAAAAUUUGGAUGGGGAAGCUGUGAAAUUGGAAGGGAAGAAGAAAAAGGUGGAGGUCAAGUCAGUCACCUCUUUUUGUAAAUCACCUGGACCUCCCCUAGUUGACACCACAACACAGCAUUCAGGGAUAUUACCAGUGUCCUAUCCCACAGCCAAAACACCUUCUCCUUCCCAUCUUCCUCAGCACCUUACUCCCCAACACACUCUAUUUCCUACCCAGCCUCCAGAGAUCUCAACACACUUGCCCUCUCUGAAUGUCCCGUUCCCAACAAUGCCCAGUCCCAGCCUGCAGUCUGUUCCACAAGCCUCAAUGGAAACCAGCUUGCAUUGUGAACCAACAUCCCAAUACCACAUUUCUGUCCCACGACUUAUCGACUUCCAGUACUGCGAGACUCCUGUGAACUACCCGGUUUACUGCCAGUCUAAUUCCCAUCCCAACUUCCCCUCGUAUGCUGGAGACUCUGUCUACUACCCUGGGUUUAGCAUGUGUUCUGCUCCUCUUCUGAGUUCCUCCUGAUCAGCCUCCUAUAGUGAAUUAAGGGCUGUUAAAAUAGGAUUCAUUUCUGUUUAGAUGCUUAUAAUUGCUGUAUAUAAUAGCUGAUGGACACCUCAUAGCUGGAGAAGUAUCUGUUAUCUGAUGCUAUUCUUUGAUUCUGUGUGAAUUUGAAUUCAAUUAUAUUGAAGGUGUUUGAAGAAACAUAUGAAUGUGAAUUCCUUGCUGUAAAUCUCAAGUAAAAUUUUGAA